AUGGCGGCGGCAAGAUAUAUUUGCACAUGCGGCGAACCAAUCGUCGGUGAAGAAAAAAAGGCAAAGUGUAGUGAGUGCCUGCGUUCGAUUCAUCUCGCGUGUGCUGUUCUCGGUCGUUGUAUCGGUGGUGAACGCGUUGUGUGUGAGCAUUGUUAUCGACGAGACCCUCCACCUCCCCCUUCGACCACAAGGCGGUCGGCAAGCUCUUCUACCCGAGCCCAGCUGUUGCUCGAUUUACAGCGGCUCGAAGAAGAAAAGUGCUUGCAGGAGAAGGCUGCUGAGGAGAAAGUGAGACGUGAUAGGGAAUAUCUCGCGAAGAAAUAUGAGCUCAUGCAGGCUGAUCUGCUCGCAAAUAGUGAAGCCAGUAGUCGUCGAUCGGUAUCCAGCAUCGCGAAGGUUCAAGCUUGGCUUCUGGACAAGCCCACCGACAACGUAGAAUCCGGCAUCGGGCAAAGUGAAAUCCCCGCCGGUGUAUCGUCUCGGACAGGCACGGUCUACAAGCCAAACCGGCUAGUACCAACGACAGUCGCUGCAUCUUCAACUCCCAAGUCAGGGCAGCAUGCGGAGCACUCUUUCGGGCUCAAUCCGAGCCAGCCACUAAGCCAAGAUGCGUCUAGAUGCGUCGUACCACCGGAGAACCAAACGCAAAACCCGUUGGAUUGGAGUUUGACUUGGGAACAUCCUGACGAACCCAUACCAAAACGACGAAUCGCAGUGGACUUGGAGGAGAUCCAGCGGAAGUUCGGCGGCGUGCAAUUACGUCCCCCCAACCCGAGCCAGCACCCAGUAGGUCGGGCGUUACCAGCUAGCGAGCCGGUACUAGGUGAAGCCCAGCAGAAUCCCAUCCACUGGGUUUCCUCACAGCAGCAGGAGAUUCCAACUACAAGCCCAGCGUUGGCAAGUAGUAUGGGACAAAUCCAAGCGGCGCUCGCGUUGGAGCCCCUCACAACCCGAUACCAGCAGACGUCCGGCCUCGAAUCAGCACCAACCGGACAGGAAGCGUCGGCGGCGAUUACUUCGCUCGCUGCUAGGCACAUCGUUCCCAAGGAGCUACCCAACUUUUCGGGCGAUUCUGUCGAAUGGCCGCUAUUCCUGAGUUGUUAUCAGAACACCACACAUUUAUGUGGGUUUUCCCACGGAGAGAAUUUGAUGCGUCUGCAACGGAGCCUCAAAGGAAACGCCCUAGAAGCAGUGAGGAGUUUACUUCUGGAGCCCUCAUCGGUUCCUAUGAUCCUCUCGACACUUCAUACACUGUACGGUCGUCCCGAUCUGGUCAUCAACUCACUACUGCAGAAGGUGCGCUCUACUCCAGCCCCGAAACCGGACAAGCUGGAGUCUUUGAUAUCGUUCGGUCUAGCCUGCCAAAACCUCUGUGGUCAUCUGCGUGCAGCUGGACAACACGCCCACUUCUCCAAUCCGGCGUUGCUGCAGGAGUUAGUCAGCAAGUUACCAGCAAACAUCAAACUUGAUUGGGCGCUUUUUAAACAAAAGUGCCCUGUGGUCGACCUCGGAACAUUUGGCGAUUACAUGGCGCAACUAGUGGUAGCUGCAAGUGACGUCGCUCCCUAUCAACCGUCUCAAGAAGCUAGUGUUGGUUUGAACAAACGAAAGGAAAAAGAGAAGCUGUAUGUAAACACCCACGCAUCUGGCAAUUCGAUGGACAACGUUGGUAAACGGAAUCCUCCUAGCAAUCCUGGAGGCAAGCAGAACCAACCAAAACCGUGCCCAAUUUGUGGGAAACAGGGGCACAAGGUGCGAGACUGCGACGACUUCAAGAAGUGCAACCUGGAGGAACGUUGGAUGCGCGUUCAGCAGCAUUACCUAUGCAGACGGUGCCUGGUAGCACACGGAAAGUUCCCGUGCAAGGCAACAUUGUGUGGAAUGGAAGGAUGUGAUGAGCGGCACCAUAAGCUUUUGCAUCCUGGAAAGCCUCAGCCAGUAGUCCCAGCAAAGCAGGUCACGGCGACCGAAACCGUAAGCGUCCACACCGCUCUGAAGGUAUCCACGCUCUUUCGUAUAGUACCAGUGACGCUGUACAGUAACGAAAGAUCUGUCCACACGUUUGCGUUUUUGGACGAAGGGUCCUCGUCUACACUGGUCGACGUCCGUAUUGCCCAGGAGUUGGGAGUGAAAGGUGAAGUUCACCCGCUUUACUUGCAAUGGACCAGUGAUGUUGAACGAUGUGAGGACAACUCUCAGCUGAUUCGACUCGAAAUCUCGGGUCGUGGGGCCAAGAAACGAUACGUCGUUGCAGCAGCUCAUACCGUGAAUCAACUGUGUCUUCCUCAACAAAGCUUGCCGUUUGAUGAACUCGCUCAACAGUUUCCGCACCUCCGUGGUCUACCCAUUCAAGAAUACCGCAACGCCAUUCCAACAAUCCUGAUUGGUUUGGACAACACUCAUUUGAAGAUUCCCCUUAAGGUACAGGAAGGCAGAGUCGGGCAACCAGCGGCGGCCAAAACCAGACUGGGUUGGACGGUGUACGGCCCUAUUCCUGGUGAAAGCUCUUCGACUCAGCAGUGUCAGUUUCAUCUGUACAAGGAAGCUCAAAACCCUGACGAUGUGUUACACGACCUUGUGAAGGAGUUUUUCUCGGUGGAGCACGUUGGUGUUGCUGUAGCUCCUUUGUUGGAAGGAUCCGACGAAAUGCGUUCCAGAAAGAUCCUUGAAGAAACGACUUUACGGCUGCCAUCCGGUCGGUUUCAGACAGGGCUGCUCUGGAAAUACGACCACAUCCACUUUCCAGACAGUAAGCCGAUGGCAGAGAGUCGGCUCAAAUCGCUGGCGCGUCGUUUGCGGCGGAAACCUGAAUUGUUCGAGAACCUGCAGCAGCAGAUAGUCGAGUACGUGAAAAAGGGGUACGCACACAAAAUAACACAGGAGGAGGUUCUCGGCUCAGAUCCCAAGAAAGUCUGGUAUCUUCCGUUGGGGGUGGUUGUUCAUCCCAAAAAGCCAGGAAAGGUUCGCAUAGUCUGGGAUGCGGCAGCGAGCGUCCAAGGCCAGUCUCUCAACUCUGCCUUGCUUCCAGGACCAGAUCUGUUGUCCUCCCUCCCGUCAGUGCUCUCCAAAUACCGUCAACGCCAGGUGGCGAUCUGUGGCGAUAUAAAGGAGAUGUUUCACCAGUUCCAGAUCAGACCCGAGGAUCGACAGGCACAACGGUUCCUGUUUCGAAGCGACCCCUCCAAAGCACCUGACAUCUACGUCAUGGACGUGGCCACUUUUGGUGUAACUUGCUCUCCCUCUGCUGCACAGUUCAUUAAAAAUCAAAAUGCGAAGGAUUUUGAGUCCGAAUUUCCCGAGGCUGCCGCAGCGAUCGUCCACAAUCACUAUGUGGACGACUAUUUGGACAGUCGGGACACCGUCGAUGAAGCAGCACAACUGGCACUGCAAGUGAAAACAGUCCAUGCUAAAGCCGGGUUUCACAUUCGGAACUGGAUGUCCAACUCCGAAGAGGUGCUUUCACGGGUCGGGGAUUCGGCUGAAGAAUCUGCGAAGAAUUUCAAGACGCACUCAACUGCAGUUUCAGAACGCGUACUCGGGAUGAGCUGGUUUCCCGAAUCGGACGAGUUCGGAUUCCGCGGACUUUUCCGCGAACAACUAAUGCCCCUGCUUUAUGGAGAUGUGGUCCCAACAAAACGGCAGCUCCUCCAAGUGGUCAUGAGCAUUUUCGAUCCACUAGGUCUGGUGUCGCUCGCCGUGGUUCACGGAAAGAUCCUCGUUCAGAAGGCGUGGCGAGCAAAAAUCGGGUGGGAUGACAAAAUCAGCGAAGACUUGCUCGAACUAUGGCGUCGGUGGAUUGAGCUGUUGAGGCAGCUCGACACAGUUCGCAUACCACGGUGCUACUUCCCUUCAUACCUUCCGGAAAGCUACGAAUCUUUGCAGCUACACAUCUUUGUAGAUGCGAGUGAAGAGGCGUACGUGGCAACCGCCUUCUUCAGGAUCGUAGACCAGUCUCAAGUUCGCUGCUCUCUGGUAUCGUCAAAGACGAAAGUUGCCCCACUGAAGUUACUGUCAGUUCCCCGUCUUGAGCUCCAGGCUGCGUUACUAGGAGCCAGAUUAGCAGAGUCUGUAGCGGAAAACCACUCUCUGCGAAUCAAACAACGAUUCUUCUGGAGUGAUUCUUCCACUGUCCUUUCCUGGCUACGCUCGGACCAUAGACGAUAUCGCCAGUUUGUAGCGUACCGCGUGUCGGAGAUCCUGGACACUUCGAGAGUCGAUGAAUGGCACUAUGUUCCCUCGCACCUUAACGUGGCGGAUGAUGCCACUAAGUGGAAAGAGCGGCUCCAGAUCAGCAACAGUCAUCGCUGGUUCAGCGGACCAGACUUCCUGUACGAUCCUCCAAAGCAGUGGCCAAAACAGGAGGUGCAAUCUACCACAACAACGGAGGAACUGAGACCCAUGCACGUUCAUCGAGAGCUUCGGAAGGAACAAGUGGUGCAAUUCAGCCGCUUUUCCAAGUGGGAACGAUGUCUUCGUGCUGUCGCCUACGUUCACCGCUUCGUAGACCAGCUGAAGCGGAAGCGGAAUAAAGAAGAAUCUGACGUAACAGACAUCCUUACUCGAGAAGAGCUUCAGCGUGCGGAACAGACGGUUAUCAAGCAGGCCCAGUUCGAAGCCUUUGGAGAUGAAGUGAUCACGAUGCAGAACAACCAGACUCUACCAGUGGAUCAGCGUCAGCGCCUCGAAAGUUCAAGCAAGCUGUACAAACUGUCUCCUUUCUUGGACAAUCAAGGCGUUGUUCGAAUGGAAGGACGGAUCGACGGUUUCUCUGAUGCGACGUUUGAUUUCAAAUACCCUACUGUGCUACCGAAGAACCACUACGUUACCCAGCUCAUCGUCGAUUCGUACCAUCGGCGGUAUAAGCAUUCCAACGGAGAGACAGCAGUGAAUGAAAUGCGGCAAAAAUAUCACCUAACGGAGAUGAGAGCAGCAUUCCGAAAGGUCAGCAAAACUUGCAUAUGGUGUAAGGUCUACAAGGCGACACCCGCAGUUCCAAGAAUGGCACCGCUACCGGAGGCACGAGUCACUCCCCGCAUCAGGCCGUUCAGCUUCGUUGGAUUGGAUUACUUCGGCCCGCUGUUGGUAGUCCAAGGUCGUCGUGAAGUGAAGCGAUGGGUCGCCCUCUUCACCUGUCUGACAAUCAGGGCGAUCCAUCUAGAAGUCGUCACCAGCCUAUCAGCGGAGUGCUGCAAGAUGGCAUUACGGCGGUUCAUAGCACGGAGGGGGGCACCUUCGGAGAUCUACAGUGAUCAAGGGACUAACUUCGUUGGAGUCAGCGGCGAGUUAAGGGAGCAAGUCAGAGCAGUCAACCAAGAGUUAGCAUCAACAUUCACCAAUACGGUCACCCAAUGGCGCUUCAAUCCUCCAGCUGCGCCGCAUAUGGGGGGGUCUUGGGAGCGCAUGGUUCGGUCAGUGAAGUGUGCAUUGGCUUCGCUAUCGGUCGAACGCAAACCUAACGAGGAAGUUUUGGGCACGUUGCUGGUGGAAGCUGAGUCGAUGGUAAAUUCGAGGCCGUUGACCUACAUGCCGCUGCAAACUUCGGAGCAUGCGGCACUUACUCCGAACUGUUUCCUCAUGCUGAGUACUAGCGGGGUGAACCAGCCUCCAACCCAGCUUGUGGACGAUAGGCAGACUCUUUACACCAGCUGGUUCCUGUGCCAACGAUUGCUGGACCAAUUCUGGACGCGCUGGGUAAAGGAGUACCUACCCACCAUCACCAGACGAACCAAGUGGUUCGUUGACACCAAGCCGGUUUCUGCCGGUGAUCUGGUGGUCAUCGUGGACGAUCGAGUCCGUAACGGAUGGAUAAGGGGACAAGUUCUACGCGUGUUCCCUGGACGAGAUGGCAGAUGUCGCAGCGCAAACGUACAGACAGCAACUGGUGUACUGCGACGUCCGGUGGCAAAACUAGCCGUCCUAGAUGUUGCUGGUAAUGCUCGAGAGGACACGGAGCAAUACGGGUCGGGGAAUGUUCAGGACGGCACCCUAUCGACCGAAUAA